AUGAUGGCGACUUAUUGCAUUCCACGUUCAAGUUGCAAUACCCAUAUGGCCGGCUGGAUUCAUGGAAGCCAUCCUAUCGGAACUUACGAAUUAGUGUCGACAACUGUAUGUUUUCACGGGAACCAAAACUGUUGUCAUAUCUCGUAUCCAGUUCAGAUAAGAAAUUGCAGCGGUUUCUAUGUAUACAGGUUGCAAAAGCCGAGUAAAUGUGAUGCUCGUCACUGCGGUGUCAACGGCGAAAAUGAUGCAUGUCGAGUUACAGAUGGUUCAACACAGUGUUGUCAAGAUGGUUAUGAAGGAAAUCCGUGCAGCGAUCUAGACGAGUGUUCAAUAGGAGACCAUGACUGCCAUAGAUAUGGUGUUUGCCAUAACGUGAUCGGAUCCUACACUUGUUAUUCUUGUCCAGAACAUUCCGUAUGCAUCGAAAUAUCACCCAAUGUCUGUCUUGGAUGCUGGUGUAAAUACUAUUACCCUGGACGUCCAGCAGUUGAUCCGUGCAGAAAUCAGACCGAAAGCAAUUCGGGAAAUUCAAUUGACUCAAUAGAGGUUUCUAUCCAUGAUACGAACACGCAGCCAAGUACACCAAUGAAGUUUAGACGAGACCAGACUAGAAUGUUGGUCGCGUCUUUAAAUAUCAAGAACAAGAAAUUUCCUCCUGAAAAGGUUUCGUUUUGCUGGAAAAUUAGCGGACUUGUUCUUCCGCCUUUUCGCACUUUUGUGCAUAAUGGGACAGAGUUGAUCGUGAACGACACUCUUGAACUGAACAUAAGUCCAAAAUUACUGUCGACAGGACUUAAACUGGUAACAUUUGAGCUGCAAGGAGUAAACGAGUCUUCAUUGACUGCUCGGGACUUCGCUUUCAUCAAGGUUGAGAAGGCACCUCUGGUAGUCACCAUUGCAGGAGGAACUGAAAUUAUCCGAUCAAAACAGAGACCAAUUUCUUUGGAUGCCAGUUCUUCUUAUGACAGCGACUCUAGCAGUGAAACUUUCCAAGGAAUGAACUUAACCUUUGACUGGUCUUGUUUGAUAAGAGCAAAUUCUUCCCCCGUCCCCGGAGGCAAUUUUACAUUGUCUAAAGUCGCUUUUCGAGGCUUGAACACCAUAUUCAAUACACUUGUCGCCGCGGCUGCUGCUGUUGGAACACUCUUUCAGUUGUCAGAUGAUGGUGUUGUUCGUGAAAGAAUCGGGAGACCAGAAGCUUCCCUAGAUGCCAGAAACAUUAGUAACAACCAAACAUACUAUGUGGUUCUGACUGUAACCAAAGAUAACCGCACAGCAAGUGCCAUGCAGAUUGUUCAUGUUCAUAACGAAGACUUACUCGAGAUUCGUAUUAUGUGCACCAUGAACUGUGACUCACCAGCCAGGGCAUCAUCUCGUAUCUCCCUGAGAACUGAUUGCAUUUCAAAACGUUGUCCUGUGUCCUUUAUAUAUAGCUGGAGCCUGUUUAGAAAUUAUAGAAAUGGUUCUCAUCCCCAAUGGUCUCCUCAGACUGACUUUCAUUCUCUCUUGAGUACAAAAGUGGAUUCGAAAAACCUUGUUAUCAAAGAACAAAUGCUUGCAACCGGCGCCUCCUACAGAGUCAAGGUGGACGUUAAAUCUCCGAACGGAUCAUUUGGGUGGGCUGCAUACCAAUUUGACACAUUGGCGGUUCCAUCAGGAGGAAAAUGUAAUGGCAAACAGUUGGAUAAGAAAGAUGUAGGAUCUUGGGUUAUUAUAACCUGUCAAGGCUGGAAAGAUGAAAACAUGCCUCUCAGCUAUGAAUUCUUCCAAGAGUUAGAAGAUGGAGAGCUCGAUAUGCUGUCUUAUGGAGUUUGGCCCCACAGUAUUGUUCACAUACCACCUUCAGAUAAAGACGUCGUUAGUUUUAAAGUAGCAAUAGUUAACGUCGAGGGAGCAGCGUUUACAACAGGAUUUUCUAUCAAGCUAAAUCAGUCACAUUCGUUGUUAGAGGAAGACGUAGACUCUGAAGACCUGCCGAAAAAAAUUUCACUUAUGGAUAACUAUUUUGCUCUGGGAGAAGUCAAUAAGGCAAUACAAGAAGCAGACACACUUCUCUUCUUACUCAAAAUGAUAGUAAAGCAAGUCAACGAAGAUGAGGGAUUAUUUCGAAUGAAAAACCACAUUAUUUCCAAGAUAUGCGAAGUACGGACUGAUAGACUGGAGCGGUUAGUCCAGGUUGCUGCUAUUCUGAACAAGGCUACAAAGGGUGACGCCCUUGUCUCACACAAUGCAACGAGCGCUUUAUUGGAGAAACUAGAGGAUUUAACCGAACAGAUUUCAACCCAAACUGCACAGGGACGCAAUUCUGAAACUCGCCAUAUUCGAGAGGGAUAUAGAUUGCUACUGUCUUGUAUUACAAAUAUCAUGGAUUCCAGCACUAACAGACUUCUCACAGCUAAUCUGUCUGCUAACUUUGAUGAAGACCAAGAGAUAAGCAUGGGAAAGACAGUUUCGGCCCGAUGCCAAAAGCUGACAGAAGUGAUUACCAACGCAUUGCUAUCGUUCAAGUUGCCCGGAGAAGAACACAGCACCAUUCGCAAUGGACUUCAAUCGACGACACUAGGCAAAAAAGAAUCAAGUGACUUGAGUCUUUUAGAAUUCAGCGACGGAGAAGCCAGUUUUGUGUUCCCUUAUCUAGAUGAAGAAGGGUUGAAAAGUUGGAUUGGUGACGUCUCUGAAGUGGGAAUAGAGAUGAUCAGCUAUCAUUUCAACCCAUUCGUGACGGACAACAGCAGCAAUAGAAUAAGAUCAAACGUUGUCAGCCUUGUCCUAAAAGAUGACACCGGGAAAGCUCUCAACACAACUGAACUGCCUUCAUAUAUACAAAUUAAUAUUCCAGUAUCAAAUUAUGAUCCCGGAAACAGCACUCGCUCGGAUCAUUUCUUAAAUCCUGGAAGGAUGCAAUAUCAUGUGGUAACCGUACGGGAGGUCAAUACCACCGUGAAAAUGACCAUUACAACUAAAACAGCUUCUUUUCUUACUGUGUAUGUGAAAUUUGCUAAACAGCCGACUGAGACAUCUUACGAUAGAGUGAUUUACUCGUCUGAAGAGAGACGAGUAAACAGCACGGACAAUGAUUGUGCAUUAGGAAAAGCGUGUACUCAUAGUAUCGCCUUUGAGUGCAGACAUUCGGGUAAAUAUUACUUUGGUUUAUUGGAGAUUAGUGAGUCACGAGGAGAAUUGCCACAGUCAAGGAGUAGACGAUCCAUUCUAUCAGAGCGAGCCUCGCGAGAGAAGUGCGUAAAGUUUAAAGAUCCUCCACCCACAGUUGCUCCUCAAAAAGAGUAUGUCAGUCUUGUUCCUCAGUACGACUUUAAUAGGUCACUUAAUUACAGUGUACAAGUGGAAACAAUCUGGUGUGCAUUUUGGUCUGAGACUAAACAAAGAUGGACAAACAAAGGAUGCAAGGUGAGCCAAGAAUCAAACCAUUCUUCUCUGAAAUGUCUCUGUAAUCACUUAACUGCAUUUGGCGGAGACAUUCUUGUUGCACCAAAUACCAUCGACUUUCAACUAGUCCAGCAGGCAUUUGACAACGUGGAUCCUGACGACCUUCUAGUCUUGAUAACACUGUGUUCUACCUUUCUGGUUUACUUUCUUGUUUUGGUAAAAGCACGCACGGCUGAUAAAGUGGAUGCGACAAAGGACAGUCCUCUGAUACCCUUGUUGGAGCAUCAAAACGGUUUUUACAAGUACGAGGUAUCUAUUACUACAGGUGGAUGGAAAGGUUGUGGUACUACUGCCAAUGUAUCCAUGACUCUUCAUGGGACUGAAAAUACCACUGACGUUAUCAAAUUGACAUGUGACAUCCCAUAUGACAGGAAACUGUUUGCUGAAGGCAACACUGAUAAUUUCUUGCUUCGACAUAAUAUGCCGCUGGGUGAGAUCUUUUGUGUGCAGAUUGGCCAUGACAUUUCUGGCGAGGACCCAUCUUGGUUUAUCAGUGAGAUUUUAGCUGUGGAUUGUCAAACAGGUCAGCAAUGGCUCUUUAGUUGUCACCGCUGGCUUGCACUAGAAAGAGAUGACGGUGACACACUCAGGAGAUUUUAUGCAAAUGACUUUAGAGAGGACGAUGAAUUUAAAAGAACGUUCAGUGCACUGCGAAGAAAUGGUUUCGCUGACGAUCACUUGUGGUUUUCAGUGAUUAAGAAGCAGCCAAGGAAUCACUUUACUCGAGUUCAACGAGCAUCCUGCUGUUGGAGCCUUCUCAUGUUGUCAAUGGUAACAUCUGCAAUGUUUUAUGAAAAAGAGGACCCAUUGGAGAAGAAAAUACAAAUUGGACCUUUUUUACUGACUCGGAGUCAACUUAUUAUUGCUUUGGAAAGUGCCUUGACUGUUUUGCCUGCAAGUCUGCUGAUUUUGUUCUUGUUUCGUAAAAGCGAACCUAAGAGAAAUACACAAGGAAGGCGGUAUCAUCUGGAGAAAAGCAAGAAAAAACCAUUUUGUUUACUCCCUCAUUUUUGUGUGUAUAUUGGUUGGUUUCUCUGUAUAGGUACUGCAAUCACCUCUGCCCUCUUCACAGUGUUUUACUCUCUCAUGUGGGGAGGUGAGAAGUCGAAACGAUGGUUAGCAACGGUGGUGCUUUCGCUUACUGGAGAUGUUAUAAUCUCCCAGCCUAUCAAGAUACUUAUCGUAUCCAUCAUUGUAGCCUCGCGGAGUGGUUGUAGUCGAAGGAUGACGAAGGACACUAAGUCGACGAACGGACAUGACGGGAAGGAACUAACCAGUGUUGUGAAUCUUUCAUCCUGGGAUGUUGAACGUGCAAAAAAGUUUAAGAGAAACGAGAGAAGAAUGUAUGCUUACCUCAAGGAACUCGUGUUUUCAAUGACAUUCUUUGCACUUUUAUUGAUUGUUUGUUAUGGAGAAAAAAGUGACCACAGAUACAAACUAAAUGCGGCCACAGAGCGCAGCUUCCAGUUUUUUGAUAAUAUGGGCCGCUAUAAGAUUACCAAUACUGCUCAGUUUUGGGGUUGGAUCGAGAACAUUUUCGUGCCAGAAGUUUUUGUGGAUGAUUGGUACAACGGAGAAAGGGAAAAAGUUUCAGAAUACAUCGGAAAUAAGCGAUCGAUUCUGGUCGGUAUGCCUCGUCUGCGACAACUAAGGAUCAAGGAAAAAUCUUGUGAAGUUCACAAACUGUUUAGAGACAUAGUAACAUCUUGUUUCGAUUCCUAUUCUUCCACAAAGGAGCAAAAAGGAACUUGGAUUGACCCAAAUAGCACUUCAGUGUUGUGCCCAGAAAAUUGGGAAUAUAAUGCAGACAGAAGGUUUGGCGGCUUUGAUUCUUGGGGUCGUUUUGCUGUUUACAGUAGUGGAGGAUACAUAGCUAAUUUAGGUUACAACAAGCUUAUAGCUAAAAGGAUUAUCAACGACUUGAAAGAAAACCACUGGAUCGAUCGUCAGACCAGAGCUGUGCUGGUGGAGUUUUCACUGUAUAAUCCACCGAGUAACCUUCUUGCAGUGAUGACAUACUACUUGGAAGUACUUCCUUCUGGAUUUGCUGGCACGUUCAAGAGCUAUGGAAUUUUGUCUCUGAGUGCAACAAAUCCUCAAGCUCAUAGCACUUUUCUACUGUUUGUUUUGUUGUUCGGCAUUCUGCUUGCUUGCUCAUUCGUUGUCCAAUGUAUCAAACUCAACCGUCAGAAAUGUUCUUAUUUCAAGUCGGUGUGGAAUUUGUUGGAUAUUUUGCAGAUACUCACCGCGUCAUCAGCGAUGUUACUGCAGUGGAUGCGGACCAAGGUGGCCACAAAAACGUUCGAAACGUUGAAAGAAAACCCUUUUCUUCCAAUCAGUUUUCAUCGUGUCUUACUUUUGCUUGAGUAUGAAGAAGUUGCCAUCUGUGUUGCGAUCGUGAUUGCCACACUACGUCUUCUGAAAUGCUUCUAUUUUAACCCACAAAUUAUAGUUUUCACCUGGACACUUCGUAGAUUGUUUAAACCUAUAGCUUCCUUUAUCAUGGUGUUUAUAAUAGUAGCAAUGGCCCAUGCACUGUUAGGGUUCAUCGCUUUUGGAGCCAAUGUGGACAUAUUCGGCUUGGUGCGUAACGCUAUUUUCUCUCAGUUUCUCAUGCUUUUGGGACAACCAGUCCCACUGAAUGAACUGAAGGAAACAAAUCCAAUACUAGGACGUCUUUUCUUUUUCACUUUCGCCUCCAGCUCGAUUAUCAUCAUCUUAAAUAUGUUCAUCGCCAUAAUAAAUGAAUAUUAUGCCGACUCCAACGCUGAUAAAGGAGGGGAAGAUUAUGAGCUCGCGCAAUUCAUAAUUGAAAGAGUCCUGGAGACUGUAUUUGGACAGAAAUCUAAAAGAAAACAGGCAUGGAGUAACCACGAGAAUUUCGAGCCAGACUCUUUUUCAGAGAAAAGUUCUCUUAGAGGAGUUCCAGAUGGCGACUCUUCCCCUGAGUGGACGCCGGUCAUGUACCGCAGCUGCCCUCAGGAAAUAUCCAAGAAAGGAAGAUCUUUAGUAAACAAUAGCGAAGACUUGAUUGAGUGUUCAGUUUGGGAAACUGCCGGACCCGAACAUUUAAUGGUGAGAAGUUCUACAAACGAUACAGGAUUUGCAAGAGUUAAUCUGAAUAAACUUUCUAGCUACGUUGCCGACGCACGACGAUACAACAUAAUGACAGAUUGGGAUGCAUUGGGCGAUUACCAUGGAGGUGAAAAUGAAAAAGACUGCUGUGAAGACGAAGAUGAUAAUGAUGAUGACGUUGACACUGAAAUUGAUUUCAGUAGCGAUAGCGGUGGAAAUGAGGAUUCUAUCAGUACUGAUAGUGAAUAUACGGAUAAAAAAAAGCCCUGA